ACUGGUUGCUUGGCCGAGGUCUACUGAUACUGGAGACGGUUUCGGUUAUGUAGUUCCAAGCGGCCAGUCUGAUUUAGGCGCGGAGGGACGGAACGGCAGAAUCCGAAGAAAGAAAAUCGGAAACGAGGAUAUUAUGGUUA